AUGAAAACUUUCGUCUUAAUGUUUCACUCAAGUUUUGACAACACAACUAACAAUUCAUCACAGAAAAUGUUCGUCAGGGAAUCGCUUUUCAAACAGAAGCCAGACAUCAAAUCUCAUCCUUUUCACAUCUUACUUAUCUUCAUAAAUCUUGUAAUUGAUCAUUUUAUUGACAUCAAAUAUCUGCAUUGA